AGCAGGAUGUUUGUCGAUGUUUGUCCUAAGCCGCAUGCAAACUGAAGAAGAGUCGAGGCAAAGCUAUUGGUCCAGGUGGGAAGGGCUUUUUUUUUUUUUUUUUUACCUGGCAGGUAGAGGAGGACAGGAGCGGGGAGGGGAGAGACCGUCCCGGAGAGGGGCAGGGAGAAAAGACGCGGGGCGAGAAAAGUCGACUUACCUGUAGCCCAACUUCUGGCAAACUCACUCUGCUACCUGCUCCGACUUGAAAGUCCAGUUCCACAAGGAAGAACCGUAGAGGAAACAAAAAUAUGUCACAGGAGACAGACAACAAGCGUUUGGUGGUGGUUGUUCCCAACGAGAGCUCUUUCCCCGCCGUGAGGCGCGCUUACACCAGCGAGGAUGAGGCGUGGAGGUCGUACCUGGAGAACCCACUGACAGCCGCCACCAAGGCCAUGAUGAGCAUCAACGGGGACGAGGACAGCGCCAAUGCCUUGGGCCUGCUGUACGACUACUACAAGGUGCCCAAAGAAAAGAGAGUUUUGGCGAUUCCUAAAGUUGCUGAAGUUCCCGAAGACCCGGAAAAGAGACCAGUGUUGCCAAACAAUCCCACUGGGCAAAAUGAGACGGAGACCGUGGACAACCGUGUCCAGGUCCUUAAAACCGUCCCGGUCAAUCUGUCACUCAGCACCGAUCAACAGGAGCCCAAACGGGACCAGAUAGGCAGCUCAACGGGGGAGGCCCCGGCGGACGGGGCCCCCCCAGCGGUGGCCAUAGUCAAAGCCGAGGUUUACGCCCCCGUCUUCAUGGCGGGUACUGGGCUCCACUAUAGGAUGGAUGGAGACGAGCGGGUGGUCUACGAGCAGAGUUCGUACGAGGCGACCGCCGUAAACCACAGCUCGUACGUGAAAGAGGACCAGCAGAGUCCGCCUGACAGCCCGUAUGAAGAGGAGACAGACGGGAAGUACCACUCACCUUCCGCUCUCGCUGCAGACGACUUCUUAUUUCACCAGGAGGGAGCCGGCAGCUUCCAGUAUACGCUGGAUGCCACUCGCUCGCUGCGUCAGAAGCAGGGCGAGGGACCCAUGACAUACCUCAACAAAGGCCAGUUUUACGCCGUGACGCUCAGCGAGCUCAGCGCCAACAAGCGCCUCCGUCACCCCAUCAGCAAAGUCCGGAGUGUAAUCAUGGUGGUGUUCAGCGAGGACAAGAACCGAGACGAGCAGCUUAAAUACUGGAAGUACUGGCACUCCCGGCAGCACACGGCCAAACAGCGAGUCCUGGACAUCGCCGAUUACAAGGAGAGCUUCAACACGAUCGGGAAUAUCGAAGAAAUCGCCUACAAUGCCAUCUCCUUCACCUGGGACGUGAACGAAGAGGCCAAGAUCUUCAUCACCGUCAACUGUCUGAGCACAGACUUCUCCUCUCAGAAGGGCGUGAAGGGUCUUCCUCUGAUGAUCCAGAUCGACACGUAUAGCUACAACAACCGCAGCAACAAGCCGCUCCACAGGGCCUACUCCCAGAUCAAGGUCUUCUGUGACAAGGGAGCCGAAAGAAAAAUAAGAGACGAAGAGAGGAAAUUACUGCGGAAGAAGUCAAAAGGGAAAGACGGCGGCGUAGGAGUGAUAACUGUUCCCAAAAAGUCCGAAGUCACCUACUUCAAGACCAUAACCGACCUGGAGGCCCAGCCGGUCCUCUUCAUCCCCGACGUUCACUUUGGUAACCUGCAGAGGGCCGGACAGGUGUUUACGUUCAACACGGAGGAGAUUGACAGAGAAGGGAGCGUGUUGGUGAAGAGGAUGUUCAGGCCAUCUGAUGAAGACCUGUGCCCGUCACCGCACAAACAGGUCCGGGAGGAGACGCACAAAAGAGGGAUGCUCUCCUGCUCCUCUGCAGUGCUGCUGUACGUCAGAAAGGAGACAGACGAAGUGUUUGAUGCUCUGAUGCUGAAGUCUCCAACCCUCAGAGGACUGAUGGAUGCUAUAUCAGAGAAGUACGGCGUGCCCACGGAGAGGAUAGCCAAAGUGUACAAGAAAAGUAAAAAAGGAAUCCUAGUGAACAUGGAUGACAACAUCAUCGAGCACUACUCCAACGAAGACACUUUCAUCCUCAACAUCGAGAACUGCGGCGACGCCUUCAAGGUCGUUCUGACGGAGAUCUGACGGCUCGCCCUCAGAUCUCGGGGGACUGCAGGAUAAACGGCGAUAAGUUGACGGACUUUAAACUCUUCACCGGAGGAAUUUCCCUCUGAAGUCGCCGCCGACGCCCCCGAUUCCCACACUACACUUACCUCUACGAAGCGACUCCUAUUUCCCAUGUGGGAAUGACAAAUACUAAAAAAAAGGGACAUUCCUGUGAACUGAUAAUGAGAAGCAAUGCUGGACUACGUACCCACAUCCUUCAGUUUUGCUGAAUAUUUUUACUGUAUAAACUCUUUGUGUAAAAUAAUGAUGUACAGACGUGUGUUUUUGCCAAAUAGCACAUCAGAAGUAGCCAGUGAAAUGUCUGAUGUGCCGUGUGUAGCCGCAGCAUGAUUCCAAGUAUAACCCAGCAGCUUAUUUGCAUGCCCAACUUAGCUUUUCUCUCUCGUUAGGAGUGUCAUUAUUUAUUAAUUUUCUUUCGUAUUUCAUAACCACUCGAUCCAAGAAUAUUAAUAAUAAAAAAGAUUUCAAAUGA